CACAUACAUUAUCAAAAAGGAAAAAAAAAACAAAAACAAAACCAUAUGUAGUUGUCUUGUCCCACUUCCUUUUCAUCUUUUCUAUUUGAAGGAACAAUGAAAACCUAACACCUAGAAUUUAUAGACUCAUAAGCAGAAAAAAAAAAAAAAAGAAGCAACAAACCUUCUUAGUUCUUUACCCUAAGAACAACAAAACCAAACACAAAAAACAACAACCUAGUUUCUCAAAAUAACAUAGGUUGUUUUUCUUCCUUCCUUCCUUUCUUCAUAAAAGCUUUUAUUUCUUUUAGUUAUUUUUGACAAAAAUAUAUAAACAGAUGGGCAGAGGAAAAGUGGAGUUGAAGAGGAUCGAAAACAAGAUAAAUCGGCAAGUCACAUUUGCAAAACGAAGAAAUGGUUUACUCAAAAAAGCUUAUGAACUUUCCAUCCUCUGUGAUGCUGAGGUUGCUCUUAUCAUUUUCUCUAAUCGUGGUAAACUCUAUGAAUUUUCCAGUUCCAACAGCAUUGCUGAUACACUAGAGAGGUACAACAGGUGCACCUAUGGAGCAUUGGAACCUGGUCAAACAGAAAUUGAGACACAGAGAAACUACCAGGACUAUUUGAAGCUCAAAGCAAAAGUUGAGGUCCUUCAACAUUCACAAAGACAUUUUCUGGGGGAAGAAUUAGGAGACUUGGGCUCUAAGGAACUUGAGCAGCUUGAGCAUCAGUUGGACUUCUCUUUGAAGAAAAUCAGGUCAUUAAAGAUGGAGCAUAUGGUUGAGCAGCUUUCCAAACUUGAAAGAAAGGAAGAAAUGCUACUGGAAACCAACAGAAACCUGAGAAGGAAGUUGGAUGAAAAUGCUUCAACACUAAGAUCAACAUGGGAAACUGGGGAGCAAAGUGUUCCAUGCAACCUCCAGCGUCCUCGAUUUUUUGAGCCUUUACAAUGCACCACUUCUAUGCAGAUUAGUUACAAUGUUCCAGCUGAUCUAACACAUGAAAACAUUGCUACUACAACUUCAGCACCAAGUGGGUUCAUCCCUGAUUGGAUGCUUUAAUAGUUUUAAAACAUUUUAAUCAAAUAAAUCCAUGUAUAAUCUCUUCUCUAUAGUGAUGAAAAAAAUAGCAGAAAUUGGCUGUAUUUAAUUAUUAAAAAGGGUGGUCGAUGCUUGGGGUAAAGCUCCAUUUGUAAUAAUUUCUUGGAUUUUUAUUAUCAUGAAACCUAAGUUUUCAUAAUGUAUAUGCUACCAACCUUUCAUAUGUUAGUAUUUCACUCCCUUAGCUGAAGGGUAAAA